UUGCGUAGCGCAUCUGUAUGCUCAGAAACACAGCACCGGGGUGUGUUUGUGUUUCCCUGCGAUGUGUCAGAGAGAGAUCCGCUAGUUUAUUCUCACACUGUCCCAGUUUGCUGGUCGCCGUCUGUUCUUAUAAAGUAAUCUACAUUUAGGUUUUAUAAAUGCAGUAGAUGGGACACAUAUUUCAGCCUACACGUAACACAUCAGAAAAGUAGCCUAUCAUUCAGAGUUAAUUGGUUUCAAGGAAAGGAUGGCACAGGUAGAGGAAUCUCACACUGAAGGGGAGAGCAGCCCUCAGAUAGUCUCCUUAAGAUCAGACGUGUCAGUGAGCCAGGGGAAUGAUGGAGAAGUGGGGCCAUCUAUGAGGAGGAAGAGGAGGAAGAAGAAAGAGCCCCGUCCAGAGUCCAUCAUCGUGUACCGCUCCGAAAUGGAGAGAGCACCAGGAGAGGAGCAGAGCGGAGAGGAGGGAGGAGAAAGGAGCACAGAGGAGGGAGCAAAGUUCCUGGGAACACCAACAGGAGAAGAAAGGGACUGGAACCUUCCUCCAGACAGCCGCUACGUGACGCUUACUGGCACCAUCACUCGAGGAAAGAAGAAAGGCCAGGUGGUGGACAUUCAUGUCACUUUGACAGAGAGGGAACUCAGGGAUCUGGCCAAGUCAAAGGAGCGUCUUGAUGCAGAGUGUGAGGCUGGGGAAGGGUACAAACGCAAGUGUACCUUAGGAGUGUGCCAGGGACCCCAUGUGGUGCUGUGGAGCAUCUCCUGCGCUCCUGUGGUUUUCCUCCUUUCCUUCAUCACCUCCUUCUACUACGGCACGCUCACCUGGUACAACGUCUUCCUGGUGUACAACGAGGAGCGGACGUUCUGGCACAAGAUUACCAUUUGCCCCUUUCUCAUCAUCUUUUACCCUGUGCUCAUUAUGCCAUUGGCGUUGUCUCUGGCUCUAUACUCAGCCAUGGUGCAGGUGUCCUGGGCUUUCAGUGAGUGGUGGCUGGCGGUGCGAGACCUGGAGAAAGGCUUUUGUGGCUGGGCCUGUGGGAAGCUGGGGCUGGAGGACUGCUCCCCCUACAGCAUUGUGGAGCUGCUCGACUCUGACACGGUUUCUGGGACUCUGCAGAGCAAGGCACCCAGUGAAUUUGCCCAGACGUCAUCAGUUUGAGGGGGGCAUUGCUGAUUUGCUGAGCUGUGCAACUGUAUUCAAAGGCCUUUUUCACAUUUUAUCAGGUUACAACCACAGACUUUAAUGGAUUUUAUUUGAGUUUUAUGUGAUUAACCAACAUAACGUCCACCUUUUGUUGCACUUAAAGCUGCAAGUAUUGUAUAUGUUAACCAGUUUUGCAUGUCUAGAGACUUACAUUUUUGUCAAUUCUUAAAAAAAUAACUCAAGCUUAGUCCGAAUAGACGAACAUUAUCAGUGAAUAUUUAUUUUCAAGUCUUGUUAUAGAUUCUUUGCUAAUUAUACCGUUUGGACUUUGACGUCAUUCUCACAUGAAUAUACUGUGAUCAGAACCAUUCCAGCUCUGACUGUAUGUUUAUGAAUAUCAACCUGCUCUAAAAGGAACCUCUGCCACAGUGUGAAAUGUUUUGCAAGUUUUCUUUCCAGGGUUGUUCUGUAUUUAGCUCCAUUCAGCUUUUCAUCAUCUCUGUCCAGCUUCCCUGUCCCUGCUGAAGACAAGUAUCUCCACAGCACAAUGGAGAUGGACUACAUACGGCUUCAACUCUGGUUUUCUUCUUGUUACUCUUUCAAAUUUAAGCCAGAUUUGUAACAGUUGCCUGGGCAACAGAUUCCCCAUCCUGAGCAGUGGAUCUUCUUUCUAUUUGUUCACUAAUGUUCUCUAAUAUAGGUUUCCCCAACUCUUUCCCUGAAGGCACAUUGCCCAGCAUUUUUAAGUGUUUCUCUGCUUCGACAAGCUUGAUUUUGAUUUAUAACUGAUUUACAAGUGUUUGCUGAACUGCAAUCAUCCCAAUCUGGGGUGUUAAAAGCAGGGGAACAUCUAAAACAUGCAGGGUUGUGUGCCUUGAGUACCAGGAUUGAUCUAACUAACAUCUCAGACCUUUAAAUAGUUGUUGCGUUUGUAAUGAGAUUAGAUUACUCAGAACUGAAACUAUUUAUCAAUUCUGAAUACAGUUUUAUUCAUGGGUACUACAGUAAGCAGGCAUGAAUAAAAUAUAUGCAUACUUUCAGGUUUUUAAAAAUUUUGAAAACCAUGUAGUAAUACAUUGAAGUUUGUAGUUGUUAUUUGAUCAAAUGUAAAACAAUUCAGGAGAUUAGAUUUUCUUUUUACAGGGUCCCCUAUUUAUGUUGGCUUAAAUAAAAUGCUGAUGUCAUUUUAACUUUUCAUCUUAGUUUGAAGACAAACAUGUGGUAGUUUUAAUAUGUCAGAAAAUAUAUUUACAGAUUUUGGAAAUUGUAAUUUGACAUAAUUCCUCAUUUUGGUUAUAAACAUAUGACUUCAUUUGAAUCUUAUAUUUCUUUAAUUAAACUGAAAAAGAAGAAAGAAGAUUUUCCUCAUAAUUAUUAUUUUGUUUAGACAAAAAUGCUUAAAAGCUUUUCAGCUACAUUUCACUGCAAAACAUAACUCAGUAUGCACUGCCCAAACUGUCUUUAGGUGCUGAAUUAUUCUUGCAAACUCUUAUUAAACUAUAAGCAUAACUGGUUAUCAGGGUUUUUUAUGGUUCUCGACUUUUAUCAUUAAACAGCUACCAGGGAUUACUAAACCAAUCUCAGAGACUUUUCACUUCAUGUUGGCCUUGGCUCGGAAAGCCAUGCUGGAGAUCCAGUAACACAGAAAACUCAACAUCACAACCAAGUUUCACUUGAUCUGUAAAUAUCUGUAAUAAACAUUUGUGAUUGCUGUGCAAUGACUUGUGUAACUUCCAAAGCAGCACUCAGUUGUUUAAGUCGCUGUAAUCACUUGGAUGCUAUAGAAGAAGUCUCUUACUUAGGAGGCUCUGCAUGAACUGUUCCAGUGGGAAAAGACAGUAUUAACACAUUAUUGACUGAAAGAUUAUUUUGCGUUUUAUAGAGUGUUUUCCACCAUUGGUUCUCUAUUUUGUGAUAUAACUUUUUUUUCUGUAUGUUGUCAGUCUAAGUGUGUAUACCUAUCCUAGUAUAAAUUAUACUUUCCAUGUUCGUUUUAGUAUCAUAGUUUAGUAUUAUUUAACUAGUUUGGACAGUUUUGUUGCAAAUUAAUGCUCAGUCAACCCUCCUAUGCAUAGAGACACCUCAAUGUCUUGUAUGUCUGCAUUGACUGAAGAGGGAAAAAAAAUAUCUGUAUUUCACCUGUCAAUCACUGGUCAAAGGCAAUCAAGAAAAAAAUAAACAGAUUUAUCAGCCACUACUUUUAACUUCAUUUAAUGUUAUAUUUUUGCUCAGUCUAAGCACCAUGAAAUGAACUGUGUGCGAUCAGAAUCUUAUUGUUUUGUUUCAUUUGUAGUUUUCUAGUUGAGAAAUCUUGUCAGAUUCCCAUGUAUUCAGAUUUUAUAUGUUGUCUUUUCAUUUUCUGAUUUAUUUCUGUUAUCCGUUGACAAGUUGUUUAAGCUACUGUAUGUGUUUUACACUCCAGCACUUUGACAUAAACUAGGUGAAUAGAUAUUGGGUUAAGAUGAAUCAGAUUAGUUAAAUGCUUGGUGAGUCAUCUGUUGGGGUGUGUUUGAGAAUAUGUAACCAUGUAUGGCCUCCCCUUUCUGGAUAUGCUGUUUUUGUUUACAAUUUAAAAAAUAGAUGUGGUUUGGGACUGAAUCUGUUUUCCACAUCACUUUUUGUAAAUCCACAUGAUGGAAAACAAAGAAUAAAAGUAAAACAAAGGAUAGCAUCACUACA